AGGAGGUGGAGUCUCCGAUGGGGAGGGGGAAGAAAGCGGAGAGGAAAGCGAACAGAUCAUAGAAACAAGAGGACAGUGGAAGAAGUACGGUCUUAAAGUUGCAUUUUAUCAAAGUUGGGAGCUGUGGUGGGAAGGAUUAAAAGAAGAUGAUAACACCCUAUUUCCUCGAGCAUUUCUGGGGUGAAAAAAAUAAUGGCUUUGAUGUGCUGUACCAUAACAUGAAACAUGGCCAAAUUUCCUCCAAGGAGCUGACAGACUUCAUUAGAGAAAGGAGUACUAUCGAGGAAACAUAUGCCCGGUCAAUGACCAAACUUGCAAAAUCUGCUGGCAACUUUUCUCAACUUGGGACGUUUGCUCCAGUCUGGGAUGUGUUCAAAAGCUCAACAGAGAAAUUGGCUACCUGUCAUAUGGAGCUAGUACGAAAACUUCAGGAGCUUAUAAAAGAGGUCCAGAAAUAUGUGGAGGAGCAGGCCAAAGCACACAAAAAGACAAAAGAAGAAGUCGCACCAACUUUAGAAGCUGUCCAGAAUAUCCAGACCAUAUCUCAGGCUCUUCAGAAGUCCAAGGAGAGCUACAAUGCCAAAAGUUUGGAUCAGGAACGCCUUCGGAAAGAGGGGGCUACCCAGAGAGACAUAGAUAAGGCGGGCGUCAAAGCCAAAAAAGCUACAGAAACCUACAAGUCGUAUGUUGAGAAAUAUGCCACUGCAAAGUCAGAAUUUGAACAGAGGAUGGCAGAAACCGCACAGAAGUUCCAGGACAUUGAAGAAAACCACAUCCUCCAAAUGAAGGAGAUUAUUCAGUCAUAUUCACACUCGGUUGAAGAAACUCAUGCACUUUUAGGCGAGGUCCAAAAUGAAUUUGUGAGAAACAUUGAAAAUACAUCUGUGGAAAGCUUAAUACAAAAACUGGCGGAAACGAAAGGAACGGGCAAAGAUAGACCCGGGCCUAUUGAGUUUGAGGAGUGCAAUAUAGCGAUUGCUACAGAAGUCACAAAACCCAGAAAGAGGAAACCUUUUGGUAUACCAGGACGAAGGAAAGACAAAGACACAGACUCCACAGAGUCGACAGAAGUUGAAGCUACUAACACUGCCAAUGGCGCUCCUCCAGGAUACUACGGAGCCAUAGACAUCCAGAAUGCUAAUGUCCCACAAGUUGAUGCAGAGGGCUUUUGCAUAAGGCCAGAAGAAAAUGAAAACAAUGCCAAAGAAAACUCCUUCUAUUCAUCCAGCGAUUCAGAAGAUGAGGAUGAACCACGGAAGUUCCAUGUUGAAAUCAAACCAGUCCAAGCUAACAACGGCACACACCAGAACCGAGCCACUAUAGACGAACUAAAGGCCUCCAUUGGAAACAUCAUCCUUUCUCCCUCAGCCUCGGGUCAAAUGCGGAGGAACCAGUCCAGGCACACAGGAGCCACAAUAAAGAUUGGCCGUGGUGAUGAACUAGCAAAAAGCAAAAUGCCACCAUCAUAUGAACUGACAAACAAUGACCUGUUAUCCCUGGACCCGUUCGGCCCAAAUGUUGCUGCAGGCUCCUCUUCAUCCAUCUCCUCUACGACAGAUCUAGCUUCUCUUUUCUACCCAAACCCUUCAUCUCCAUCAUUUAUGGUAAAUGAGUAUGAUGAUGUUUUUCUCCCUGAAGCACCAGCUGACAAUAUGCUACAGCGCAAGAGCUCUCCUCCAUUGGCAAAGCUCCAACCGUCCAAAGAUGUCUCCUCCUUUUCCUCCUCAAUUUCCUCUCCCUGGGACUCAUCAGAGGACACCUCCCAAGCACUCAAACCUGCACCAGCCCGAGCCCGCAGCGCCCCCAUCACACUGCCCACAGAUGACCCCAUCAAGAGCCCAGCCGCCGACAGCCCACCGAAGAGCGUGGAUGCAUUUUACACUGUAUGCUGGUCCCAAAGCCAGUGGAUUGCCUUCAAUGACAGCUUUGCUCCUGCCCGACACCAAGGCUCAGGGUCCUCAGUGAAGGAGCCCCCGCGCCCCUGUCCCAGCUCUGGCAGGUCAAGCCGUUUCCCGUCAGAUGAAUCAUCGGAAGCCUAUGGUAAAGCGGUGCCCAGUCGAGACGAUGGCUUCACUGACGUCCUCUGUGGAGUUGGUAAUAAACCAGCGACUUCAACAAACAUGUCAUUUAAUGUGCCCCCACCCAACAGACCCACCACCCCUCUGACAGCUGGAGCACUGAUGCCUCCACCUCGGCCCUCGUCCAGACCUAAGCUUCCUACAGGAAAGCUUACAGGCAUAAAUGAAAUUGUGCGACCGUUUAGCCCACCCAAGACCAAUGUCAGCCCUUCACCUCCUGCACCACUGGCCCGAGCGGAGAGUUCAUCUUCCUUGUCCUCGAAUGCCUCAUUUAGUGCAGGCAACACCCCCACUGUUGGAACUUCACGUGGUCCCAGCCCAGUGACCUUAGCAUCCCAAGAUGCUUUGCCCAUUGCCGUUGCCUUCACAGAGACAGUUAAUGCUUACUUCAAAGGAGCUGAUCCCUCUAAAUGUAUUGUGAAGAUAACUGGAGACAUGACCCUGUCGUUCCCCAUGGGCAUUAUCAAGGUGUUUACAUCCAACCCUUCUCCGGCCGUCCUCACCUUCAAACUGAAGAACACCAGCAGGUUGGAGCAGAUCCUCCCAAACCAGCAGCUACUUCAUAGUGAUCCUUCCCAAAGUGACUCUGAUUGCAAAGACUAUUGUUUCAACAUGCAAGCACUAAUGUCCUACCUCAGGAAAGUGUCGGAGCAGAACCCCUCAGCAUCUUACUUCAAUAUUGACAUAUUAAAAUACCAGGUGCUUACUGAUGGGAUUCUCUCCACCCCCCUGAACCUGGCGGUGUACUGGAAGUGCACACCAAGCACCACAGACCUUCGGUUGGACUAUCGCUAUAACCCAGACUCCAUGGCCUCACCAGGUCCUCUGACAAACGUCCAGAUACUAGUGCCUGUGGAUGGGGGGGUAACCAGCAUGCAAUCUCUCCCCAACUCGAUCUGGAGUUCUGAUCAGAACAAGUGUUUGUGGAAGUUGAGUGAUAUCUCAGACAAAGCUGAUAAUGAAGGUUCUGUAAGGGCCAAGUUUGAGCUCUCAAAUGGUCCCUCAACCCCCUCCACUCUCGCAGUGCAGUUUAUGAAUGAAGGGAGCACCCUGUCAGGAGUGGACAUGGAGCUGCAUGGGUCUGGUUACAGACUGUCUCUCAAUAAGAAGAGAUUUGCUACAGGGCGUUACAUGGCCGAUUGCUGAGGUAACUGACUCGCUGUUCUGGUUGUUUCUGGAAGCCAAUUAUGAAUCCAUCCAAGCGCAGGUAUAUUUUUACGUUGGAGGUGGGAAACUCACUACGAUUAAGCAGCACUGAGUAAUGAACACUGUGUAAGAGACAAAAAGAAGAGAAAAUAAUGAGGAACAUGUCAGAAUUAAGUAUAAUGAGCUUUUGUUCAAUACACUUUGUAUAGUUCAUGAAUUAGAUAUAAAUCUAAUGUGCACUAACGAUCCUUACUAAAUAAUGCCGCAUGAAAGAAAAGACAAACUGUAUAUAUCAGCUUGACCAACUAUAACUCAGAUCAUUUUCACUAAUGCCUAUCUCCUUGUGGCACAAUAUCAAAAAGUGCUUUUUUAACAAAUGCAAAAAAUCUGACCUCAGUGCCUGUUACUGUGUUACUGUGGAUCAAAUUUCAUGUUGAUUAAUAUUUUGACCCAGAGUGGGUUUCCAGAUUUAAGCUACAUUUCUCUGUGGUAAGAUAUGAUUUUCUAAUCACCCAAAGUGGGACCUGUGAUCACCGUCUUGUCUUUUUUAAUUACCUGUCAGUAUGUAUGCCCUUUUUCUGUGCAAAAAAAAAAAAUCAAGGGAUUUUCCUCGUGUUCCCUUUGUUCAAUUGGCCAUGUUUUAGGCACUCGGUGCCUUGUUAAUAUUGAGAUGUGCCUGAAUCGACAUUUGUCUACAGUGCAUUUAAUGAGGCUAAUGCGUAACAUUGUGCCAGUUAUGCUUUUACUACUUUAUUGGACACUGAAGGGAAAAGCCUCAUCUUUGUACAACUUAACAGUCUUCCAAAAGUGAAAGAACCUGUUUGCCUCUUGAAGCUGUUUUGAUUGUUAUGUCCUUUUAUAUCUUCAGCUCAAGUGCACAGCAGGUUUAUGUGCAGCAGUAGCACUACAAGGCCAAAAAAAUCCUGAUGCCUUAUCACUAAUGCAGAACAUUGGCUAAUCCAAUGUUGUAGAUGUGGUUGUAUUGUAACUGUUCCACCUUCUUUGACUCUCAGAGGAUGCUGGAAGAACGCACAUUCAAUUAACAAAAAGCACAAGCAUUACAGUGUGGAGGUUCUGUUUUCCUCUGGAGCUUGAGGGAUGGUUCAGUUACUCAGUCAUUGCAUUGACAUUGAGUAGCUUGAGUAGCAACACCUUUAAAAAGCCGGUGACAAGGUGAUAAUGACAUGUUUGAAAAACAUUUGCAAAAUCUUCUUGUAAAUUGUUCAUAAUGCUGUGCCUGGUUGCAACACUAAACAUAAAUCUGCCAAAACAUAAGAAAAUUUAGAUUAUGUCAUACCAUAUGAAAUAGAGUGGUGUUGUGGAAAAAAAGUAAAAAAACAAAACAAAACCUGAUUCAAAUAUUUUAGCAAGCUGGUUCUUGCUAUCUCUCUAAAUUCACAAGCAUCUUUCUUCUCACUAUUCACAAUAAUGUUUUUCUUAACUUGUAACAAACAGAAUUUAUUGGAGAUAAACAAUGUGUAAAUGAUUGUCAAAUUGUACAUUUUUACCAAUAUCGUUGCCACUUUGUCUUUAUGAUUUUUGCAUUAUGCCUGUAUUAAAUGUGUAAUAUAUAAAUAUAUACAAAUAUAUAAAAAUGACAACUUUAAA